AUGAAAACUCUCUAUCUAUAUGUAUAUACAGUAUAUUCAGUAUAUGUUUCGGGUUUUCCUCCAACUUUGUGGGAAAAUGAAUAUUGGGCCACCGCUGCCUGUCGAUAUUUUUCGUUGGCAUCAGAGUCCAUUUUCAGUAACAGCAAAAAUUCAACAGGUGUAGGAGCUGACCGUGCAGCUGCACUUGCUAGGGAAGCCUUUUCAGCUUGCAAAGAGGUAGCCUCAGUUGCUAAAUAUGCUGAGCUUUUUGCAGCUCAUCGUGAUGAAUCUUUCAGUAAAAGCCUAAAAGCUUGGGUUCUUAGAGGUUUGGCUGGUGUUCCUUUUCAAAGAACUGUUAGGUCAACACGUCUAUUAGAGAGGCAAAGUAAGAAGAGAGUGCCUAAACCAAAAUUCGAGCUUCACGAGACCAACUAUCAAAAGAAUUCAGAAUUGCAUCAAAGUCGAAAACUUUAUGGCGGAUUUGACCAGAAAGAUCCCGUUACACGUUUCUUAUCGCGACCGGGAGCAAGACAGCUUUUAACUGCACAAGAAGAGUCCAAACUAGUCGAAAAAAUACAGGAGUUAAUGCAACUCAAUGAAGUGAAAAGUAAGCUACAAACUCGAUUUUCCCGUGAACCUACAUUACUUGAGUGGGCUGAGGCAGUUGGGAUUAGCUGUCAUGCCUUGCUGUCUCGGGUUCAACGUGGUUAUAUAAGCCGGGAUCGGUUAAUUUUUGCCAAUUUCCGUUUAGUGGUUCACAUUGCUAAGAAGUACCAAGGGCAUGGUCUAAGUCUUCAAGAUCUCUUGCAGGUGGGAAGCAUGGGUCUGAUGAGGAGUUUAACGAAAUUCAAGCCCCACUUAGGUUGCAGAUUUAAUACCUACGCGUACUAUUGGAUAAAGCAGUCGAUUAUGAAGUCCCUAUAUAAGGAUUCUAGAAUAAUCCGCUUGCCUGGGAAUGUUUAUGGCCUCCUGUUCAAAGUGAAUGCAGCAAAGAAAGAAAUCAUGAGACAAGGUAACUUCUACCCCGAAAAUGAAGAUUUAGCGGCUCUUGUUGGAAUUCCUGUUGAUCGGCUAGAGACAAUAUUGUUUUAUGCUACUCGAGUCCCGCUUUCAAUUGAACGGGCUCUCUGGAUAAACAAAAGAAUUACAUAUCAGUGUUUGCAUGUUUUUAGGCAUUUCUUUCAGAGGGAAAUCAGUGAAUACUUACUAUCAAAUGAAAACCCACAAGUGGAUUUAGCUAAGCAGAUGAUGAGACAACACGUGCGUAGUCUCUUGAGCGUGCUGAGUUCUAGAGAAAGAAAAAUAAUCGAGAUGAGGUUUGGAAUGGAAGAUGGCAUACAAUAUAACCUAGCUGAAAUUGGUGAUGAUUUUGGAGUAUCGAGGGAGAGAAUACGACAGCUCGAAAAGAGAGCGAUGCUCAAGCUGAAGGAAAGGUUUAAUAGUGAGGAGCUCCAAGCAUAUGCAGGAAUUCUUGUUUAGUCUAAAUGAUGUAACUAUAUUUGUGCAGUAACUAUUUACUUGUUUUUAUUCGCAGCAUUUGUUCAGUAACUAGUAAAGUGCACGUGCGAUUCAUUUGAUAGGGAUUUUUUUUUUCUCUCCCUUGAUUCAUGUCAUUGCGGUAAUGAAAUAAAAUGAAUAAUAAAAUGAGUUUCUAAU